AUGGGGGAGACUGCCGAAAUUUCUGUAGAAAGUCUCGUACCCUUAUUCCUUUUUGGGAAAAGAGGAUAUAGUUUCAGAAGUAGGCCCGACAUUGGGGUGAUGUCGGGAAUUCCACAGGAUUCGUCUUGGGUUUCGAAAAAUUUGGGGCGGGUCCUGUCAGGGCCUUUCCCAAAACAAGCUCUCGGAAGAGAUUCCCCAGCACGUGACACAGCUGACAUUCCUUGCAGAAUUCAGUGUCUCCCACAACAAUCUCACAGGAAACUCGGCUUGUGUGGGGAUCCACUGCCUAAGAAAUGUGGAAAUGCUGAGACCCCUCAACUGUCACCUUCAAGCAGAGAAGAAAACAAUUCGGGCUCUAGAAUUGGAUUUGAUUGGAAAUUUGUUUUGGCGAGGAUCGAGAGUGGGUUGCUUGUGGGAGUAGUUCCUGCGGACAAUGUGAUCACAAGGGGGAAGGAGUUAUUUAUUGAGAUUGUAGAAAUGAUCAGAUAA